AUGAGGCCCCGUGGGAAACUUUGCCCAGCCUUUGGGCCGGACUUUGUGAGGAGCUUGCCAGCCAAAUUGAAGAAGCUGGACCUUUUCGCCGACCUAUCGCAGGAAACGGCCAUGGCGCUGUUGGGGUGCCUUCCCGCCGGGCUCCUGGAGCUGAACAUGCACAUCGGCGACUGCCUGAAGUGGAAUGCGGAGGCCUUUCGGUCCUUUGCGGAAGGCUUCCCCCGGCAGCUGCGCCUCUUGGACUUCGACCUUGAAGGCGACCUGAGGGGCUUUGGCCCCUUGGCUGCGGAGCUGGCGGCCAGCGGACUCACGACGCUGCGCUUGAGUUUCGGGAGCGUGCAGCACUCGGAGGCCCUAGCGGAGCUGUUCGCCGCCCUUCCGCCCAGCCUCACCGAGCUACAGCUCCUCAUGCAGGGCAUCGGCCUGUCCGACAACUGUUGCGAGGAGCUGGGGCGUGGCCUGCGGCGCCUUACCUGCCUGCGCGCGCUGGAGCUUCAUCUCGAACACUGCCCAGUCGGGCGUGUUCUACAGGCUCCGUGCCGGAGCCUCAUCAACCUCGAGCUUUCGCUCUGGACCCUGGGGCCGGCGGACGCGAUCCAGCUCAGCAACUUCGUGAACGGGUCCAACCUCCAACGCCUUGGCCUCUAUCUUGAGGGCCCACACCCCCAGGUCUGCCGCGCUCUAACCCCGCUCCCCGCAUCACUUGAGGAGCUCGACUUCAACGUCUGGGACCGCAGCGUCGGGGGCGAGGCCGUGCUGACACUGGCGAGUGAGCUCCCGCCACGGCUUCGGGUUCUGCAUCUUCAUUUCUUGGAGGCCGACAUCAUCCCGGCCCCAAACAUCGAGACGCUUCUGGCGAGCCUGCCAACCACUACCUUGCACACCCUGAGCUUGAGCUUCGAGUGGUCGGGCUUCUGCCAGCUCACGGAGUGCAGCUUUCCCAAGAAGCUCCGGAACCUCAGCCUUUCAGGGUGUCUGGUGAUGCCAGAGCGUCCCCCACAAGUGCCUUUCGUGGCCGCCUUGGCCCGCGAGCUGCCAAGACUCCGGCACCUCCGGACCCUGACGCUGGACUUCGACGGCUGCUGCUGGAAGGCCUCCGAGGCGCGAGCUGUCCUGGACGCUGCGGCGCACACCAAGAAAAUCCACGCCGACUUCGGCACCGGCUGUGUGGAGGAGGACACGCCAGAGACGUGGAAAGCACUGUUGGGCCCAUUCCAGGCUCAGCUCGGCCACUCUCUCCGGACCCCGACGGAUCUUUCAGAGCAGACGCUCUAC